AUGGCACUAGGGCCCAUGGACUACGCUGGUUCGAUUAGUUCAGGCCAGAAGUACCUGGGCCGUUUCGGACUAGCCACCAGCAGUAGAUUGCGAUGGGUGGGAUAUGACACGAAAUCAAGGACAUAUCAGUUGGUUGCUAGAGCCAUAUCCGUGGAUCAACCGCAACUAGACUUCUCGAAUCCCAACUGGAAGAAGCAGUUUCAGGAGGAUUUCAAUAAGCGCUUCAGCUUGACACACUUGAGAGAUGUAAUUGAUGUGGAACCGAGACCAACUACAUUUUCUCUCAAGAGCAGGACCCCUCUUGAGAAUGUGAAUGGUACCAUGCAAGAAUCAUGGAACGGCUAUGUGAAUGAUGAUGACAGAGCACUUUUGAAGGUUAUUAAGUUUGCCUCACCAACUUCUGCUGGAGCUGACUGCAUUGACCCUGAUUGUAGCUGGGUUGAACAAUGGGUGCACCGUGCUGGUCCACGCAAACAAAUAUAUUUUGAGCCUCAAUAUGUGAAGGCUGGGAUUGUAUCGUGUGGUGGGCUCUGCCCUGGUCUCAAUGAUGUCAUUCGGCAGAUUGUGCUUACACUUGAAAAAUAUGGGGUGAAAAACAUUGUUGGGAUACAGCAUGGGUUCCGUGGAUUUUUUGAGGAUCACUUAUCAGAAGUGCCGCUUUCUAGGCAUGUAGUCCAAAAUAUCAAUCUUGCUGGUGGUAGCUUCUUAGGAGUCUCUCGCGGUGGUGCAAACAUUUCAAACAUUGUUGACAGUAUUCAGGCUAGGAGGCUUGAUAUGCUCUUUGUACUUGGUGGAAAUGGAACACAUGCUGGAGCUAAUGCUAUACAUGAUGAGUGCCGCAAGAGAAAACUGCAGGUAUCAAUUGUAUGCGUCCCCAAAACUAUUGACAAUGACAUAUUACUGAUGGACAAGACCUUUGGAUUUGAUACUGCAGUGGAAGCUGCACAAAGAGCUAUCAACUCUGCAUACAUUGAGGCACAUUCUGCAUUUCACGGCAUUGGAUUGGUCAAGCUGAUGGGAAGAAGCAGCGGCUUCAUCACAAUGCAUGCCUCCCUGUCAAGUGGCCAAGUAGAUAUCUGUCUGAUACCUGAGGUACCAUUCACUCUUGAUGGACCGAACGGAGUUCUUCGACAUCUCGAGCACUUGAUAGAGACCAAGGGAUUUGCUCUGGUUUGCGUUGCAGAAGGAGCAGGACAGGAAUAUUUUCAAAAGUCAAAUGCAACUGAUGCAUCAGGGAACAUGGUUCUUAGUGACAUUGGUGUCCACCUUCAGCAGAAGAUCAAGUCCCAUUUCAAGGAUAUAGGAGUCCAUUCUGAUGUCAAGUAUAUUGAUCCCACGUACAUGCUCCGCGCUGUGCGUGCCAAUGCAUCUGAUGCCAUCCUGUGCACCGUGCUUGGUCAGAAUGCUGUUCACGGUGCCUUUGCGGGUUUUAGCGGCAUCACAACCGGGGUGUGCAACACACACAAUGUUUACUUACCGAUACCAGAAGUCAUCAAAUCCACGAGGGUUGUCGAUCCAAACAGUCGGAUGUGGCACCGGUGCCUGACCUCAACCGGGCAGCCGGACUUCCAUUGA